GGAACUGAGGCCCGGAGAAGUGAAGUGACUGGCCCGAGGUCACCCAGCUGACAAGCGACGGAGCUGGGAUGAUGGUCCCGAUCCCCCAAAGCGACUCCCUUAUCCUCCGCCCCCAGAGCCCCGAGGAUGUCUUGAAGUCGGUCCAUGUAUGGAGUAGGUAGUUCGAGCUGGGGCUCCUCUGAAGCCUGAGCUGCCCUGAGGGACCUCUGAAAAGUUUAAGACGGACGGCGCCCUCCCCCAGUGAGACACAGGUUUCCAGGAGCCUGAGGGAAGCGAGCACCAGGUCCAGACGAACGAUCCAGCCUCCCAAUGAGCAUGGCCAGUAGAAAGCCCAAGAAGAAGGAAGGAGGUGGUGUACGAACCCAGAAAGCUUCAUCCAGUGUUUUCUCCAACUUUGAGCAGACACAGAUCCAAGAAUUCAAGGAAGCUUUCACAUUAAUGGACCAGAACAGAGAUGGAUUCAUUGAUAAGGAAGACUUGAAAGACACUUAUGCCUCUCUGGGUAAAACAAACGUUAAAGAUGAUGAACUGGAUGCCAUGCUUAAAGAAGCCACUGGACCCCUUAAUUUCACAAUGUUCUUGAACCUAUUUGGAGAAAAAUUGAAUGGUACUGACCCUGAAGAGACAAUAUUAAAUGCAUUUAAAUUGCUUGACCCGGAUGGGAAAGGACAUAUCAACAAGGAUUAUAUAAAGCGUUUGCUGAUGUCACAAGCAGACAAGAUGACGGCUGAAGAGGUAGACCAGAUGUUCCAGUUUGCGCCUAUCGAUGUCGCCGGCAAUUUGGAUUACAAGGCUUUGAGCUACACUAUUACACACGGGGAGGAAAAGGAAGAAUAAACAGGAUCCUUUGGCUUUGAGCUGAAUGGCAGGAAAUAAAAGCAGCGGGAAAUAAAACCAC